CAACGUCAUACAUAGACAGCCAUAGUUACCAUCGAAUCAAAAUCAUUCAUUGCUUGUAGGAAAACUGCCUAAAUACACAACUAAUAAACAUGAAUGUCAAUAUUUGCCAGCCUUGUGAAACACAAGAUAAGCACGAAGCAGCAAGUCACUGGUGUUCAAACUGCAAUGAACAACUCUGUGCUCAAUGUUCUGAUUAUCACAAAGCUCUUAAGAUCACUAAGGAUCACCAACUACUUACUCUUGAAGAAUACAAGGCAUUGUCACCUAAUAUUACGGAGAUAUCCCUUCAAUGCAAAAAUCACAAUGAAAACCCAAUUAGAUAUUACUGUCCGACUCAUAACACUCCGUGUUGUAGCUUGUGCAAGAUCAAUGACCAUAAUGAAUGCCAUGGCGUGGAAAAUAUUGAAGAAUUGGACCAAACAUCAGAAAAUGAAAGAAACUCAGAAAGCAUGUAUUCUAAAAUUGAUCACGCUAUUCAAAAGACGGAAAAGGCAUGUGCAGAAUUGUCGGAAAAUUUAAAGCAUCUUCAGCAUCAACGUAUAGAGUUUGUAGCAGCUUUUCAAGAUAGAAAGGAAAAAAUACAGAAAGUAAAGGACGAAAUAGAUACAAAAAAAGACCUGUUUGAGCAGGAAUAUGAAAUUAAAAGACAAAACAUUGAGAAACAAAAUGAAAAACUACAAAACCGUUGUGAUGAACUCAAGAAGAGAAAAGAAAGUAUGCAAAUUUUAUCCAAGUUAACAUGUGGCAAUAAAUGUCACGUUUUUCUGGCCAAAAAUUAUAUAAAGGAACAAAAUAAGAAGGAUGAAAUUGAAAUUCAACAUUUGGUCGAGCAGUUGACAGUUGAAAAUUGUCUAUUUAACAUUGAAUUUAAGUUAGAUCAACAAAAUGUGAAUAUAACAUUGGUUGCAAAUAUUUCUUUCAGUGCAGAUUCUUGCGCUUUCCAAGAUAACGAGCUAAACAUGGAGAAUAACGAUUCAUCUACUGUAGAAGAAGAGAACAGAUUAAUGGUACAGGAUCCUUGUCACAUGGACGCAUCUGUUUGUUCAACUAGUAACGAUGAGUCAAAAGGAGUUGCAAAAUCAAUGACAAAGUGGAAAAGUGAAGCAUGUCUCUUAAGUGAAGCAAAUAAAAAGUCUGAUGAAAGUUCAAAGUUAGUAACCAGAUUAAAAAGGGAUUCAGUGGAAACCAGACCUGUUUUCAAGCAUAAAUUCCGUUUUCAAAUUGAAAAGAAAAACCCAAACAUAUUCUUGAAGUGUGUGGGAAUUCUUCCAAGUGGUAAUUUAAUCAUAGGUGAAUGUUCCAAUCCUCGACUUCUGAUAUACUCCAAGACGGGUUGUAAAAAAGGAGAAAUGUCGCUUAAAACCCCUUCAACAGCAAUUACAGUUGUAAAUGAUACACAAAUCGCCGUUACAUCUGGGAAGAGUGUCUUAAUCGUUGAUGUGAAAAGGGUUGAUUCAAUGCAAAUUGCAAAUGAGAUAAAGUUAUUGGAUGAUUGUCAUGGAAUAGCCUAUGUAGACAAGUAUCUUGCAGUGAAUUGUGUAAAUGAGGGACUUAAACUGUUGACUUUGUCAGGAUUUAAUAAGUGCACUUAUUUUUAUCUAAAAGGUGUCCUGAAUAUUUGUGCAUAUCAAAGUAGAAUUGUAUUUAGUGCUAAAAGAAAUUCAGAGAUGGUUCAUCGUUUAAAUCUUGAGAGUAACAACCGGUUAAAUUCACGUUGUCCAAAUUUAUUUGGAGCGAAUGGGAUAACGAUAGAGUGCAAUGGAGACAUUUUUAUUACAUGUGAUAAAUCUAACAAGGUUUACAUGCUUCGAAAUGGGCCACCAAAAUGGAACAUUAUUCUGACCGAAGACAACGGUAUCGACAAACCAAAAGGUAUCGCAUAUGACAACAAAACAAAUGAAAUAUUCGUUCUAAAUAAUGACGGAAAAUCUAUAUGCAUUUUCGAAAGGAAAAUUAUGUAA